UAUCAGUGGAGUGUAUGUGCUAGUGUGGGUGAGCAAAAUGGGCAACUACUGUAGUUCCGGCCAGACGAAAAAGGACAAGGACAAUGUCUCGGAAAAGUCCGAAGAAUCGCCUUCCUACCAACCGGCGGAUAAGGACAAGAACAAAUCGAACGAUGUGAAGGAAGCACCUCUAGCGGCCCCGGAGGUAACAUCGGAUGCAUCCGGUACGGGACAAAUAUCCAACAGCUCGAACGCAACCAACGGCUGCAACUCGUCCAAUGUGGCCGGAGGCGCAGGCGUGGAAGGUGCCCGGGUGCUGCCGAAAGCGCUCCAGAACGUGCAAUCGAUGACGUUGUCGGAUUCCAUCACCAACAGCCCGAUGACCGCAACGCCACCAUGUGAUAUACCGCUAGUGCAUCAGAACUUACCGCAAAACCUGACACCGCUGUAUGGGAAACCGACAACCAACAGGCGAACGGACAAGUACAAAAAGAUCGUACUCUACAUACUGGCUGCGGAUGAUGGCUUCCAAACGGAGAAAGCGAUGCUGCGUGAGGUGUUUAAGGGGUUGAACCAGAAAUGCCAGAGCCGCGGGUUUGAGCUGCAUGUGGCCGAUCUGCACGUGCUGCAGCCAAAGGGUAACAGCCUGGAUGUGAAAAAGUGGUUCAAAGGGCCGCUCGAGGCACAGGGUGGGCACGAUCUCGCCGCCAACUGUUUGGCGGAGAUAGCGCGCCAAUCGUGUGACUCGUACCUUAUCCCGGUGCUGUUCCUCGGUGGUACGCUUGGAGAUCCGUUGCUUCCGCUGACGAUCGAAAGCCAGGACUUUGUGGCGGCCCUGCAGAUGGCCGAGCGAAACCCGUCGGAGCGGGCGAUCCUGGAGAAGUGGUACGUGCUUGAUGACAAAUCGCAACCCGCGUGCUACCGACUAAAUGCCACAGCUGCCCCGCCAAUGAGCUCGGAGGAAUCGCAGCAAGAGCUGGCCCAGUUGUUGCAGACAUUGGUUGACAUUUUCUCGAAGGAGCUACGAGAUUCCUACUUAACCACCGUUGUCGAACAGGAAAUAAACAACACAGUCCUAAUUAGCCAAGAGCUUUCGAAGCGUUGCAUCUGGAUACAAAGUGCUGUAGCCGCACCGAAGUCCGAAGGGUUGUCUUCAGCGGAAGCGGAAAUGGGACGACGCUUGACCAACAUCCAGAACGACCUGAAGAACCAACUGUCCGAAAAGCACAUCAUCCGCAUCCCGGCCAACAUCGCCCAGCAGCAGCAAGAACAGUUCGGCACUCUGCUCGAUGCCUGUCUGUCCCAAGAGAUCGAUUCCGUCAUCGAUGAGCAUGUCAGCAAGUACUCGAUACCGCACUGCACGUAUGGAGUCGACCGACGUCUACUAAGCGAACUGGAGGAGGUGAAUCGUCAUUCCCGCGUGUUGAACGAGAACUGCGCCAACUUUAGCUCGACGGACCGGGUGCGGGAGUAUCUGUCGUCGGCGCGGGGUAAACCGUUGGUAGUGUAUGGCAAGACUGGCGCUGGAAAGAGUGUCUUUAUGGCGAAAUUGUCCCAGAAUCUGCAUACCUGGCUGCCGGAAUCCCACCUUGUGAUGAGAUACGCCAACCUUACGAUGCAAAGCUCCGAUGUCACCGCUCUGCUGGGCUCCAUAACGGAACAGAUAUCAGUAUUAGUGAAAGGAGUGCCGACUCGCUGCCAGCAUACAAUUUCAUCAUACGCCAGUGCACUGAAAUCGUUGCUAGAGAGCUCGAAGCAGCAGAUUACCAUCCUCAUCGAUUCGGUUGAUGCACUACGUGACGUUGAGGACCUCGAGUGGCUGCCAGUUGCGUUGCUGGAUAACGUUAAGCUCGUCCUGACCGUUAGCUCGGGUGGUACCGGGCAAGACCUCGCCAGUCAGCAGGGUCCUGAGAGUCAGGUGUUACAGCGUUUGCGUGAGCGAAUUGGUGAUGACGGUUGCUUCCUGUACUUGACGCCAUUCACGCAGGAGCAAUGGGAAGAUGUGCUCUGUUUCGGUGGAGGUGAUAUUUAUGCCGCCAACGGGGCAUUGCAGCUGCCGGAAUGUUGGAAAAAGACGGACGAAAAAAUAUCGAUUCAGGCGAAGAUUCUCUGGUGGCUCGGGUGGUUGGGCAUCACCAAUCUUUCCGAUACAUCCGUCUCGCACAUCAGUGAGCGUGUGUUUGAAAUUCUGGAGGAGAAGUUUACUGCCGCUAUCGUGAAGCUGAUAGUAUCGCUACUGCUAGCAUCGCGCGAGGGUCUACUGGAGACGGAGAUCAUUACACUUAUUAGAAACUCGAACUUAGUCAACGGUUCAACAACAAAACUGUGGACGCACUUCUGCUGGAAGAUGGGACCACUCUUGCUGCACAACAAAAACAUCGUCGUUGUCGACAGGACGCUGCGACAGGUCGCGGAAAAGCGGUACGAAGCCGACAUCAAGCAGGCUCAUCGGAUUUUGCACGACUACUACGAGACGCAACCGAGCGUGUACCCAGACAAGAAGGGCAAAGAGAAAAGUUUUAACUAUAGGAAAUUCGUGGAGCUACCCUACCAUGCGUACAAGCUCGAUGCACCGGCGGCCGAGAGCUCGUUCUCUAACUCUCCGUACCUGACCGAUCUAGCCUGGUUGCAAGACAAACUGAUCGCUUCCGGAUGUGUUCAUAUUUUAAACGAUAUCUGUCUAGUAGAUGGCGCCACCAUCGCCGGCACGCACGUGGCGCUGCUGAAAUCGUUCGUGGAGGCGCAUUUCAAGGCACUCAACUACGACGGCCAUCAGCUGUUUUCGCUGCUUCGCACGGUUCUGGUGGCUGAGCGGCAGCGCGUAGAUUCACCGUACGCAGGCAAUGCCGUUGUUAGCCAGUGGUUGGACACGAUUGAUCACAGCACCGUGCCGUACCUGGAGAAGGUGGUGCUGGAUGAUGCUGCAGGUGAAGUGAUGGAACCGACCGAUAGCAAGCCGGCCAAUGUUGGGUUCGAUCUCAUCAUGAACCUGAGCAUCGACGGGUACUUCGUUAUAUCACUCAGCACGGAUCGGGAAGAGAUCUGCGUUUGGGAUGUCGCGAAGUGUCGAAAGGUGCGCACUCUCACCGGUGUACCGCAACCGUCCGCUAUCUGUCCGGUGGGCGAACAUGGAGUCGCGGUUCUGUGCCGGCGAGAGAUUCGCAUCAUUGAUCUGAACGAGGGCAAGUUCCGUGUGACGCUGAAGGGUGUGAUGAAUCAGAAAAUGCCGUACUUUGGGCUGCACGACCCGUCACAUCUCGUGUGCUUGUCACGUAACCGCAUGUACGUUAAUCUGAUGAACAUCGAGUCGGGUGAUUGCGUUACCACCUUCAAAGCGGGUGAAGAUCGGUUCUUAAACUCGCUGCUGGUGUCGGGAGAUGGAAGAAUCCUUGUUUGUGGUGAUGAAACGCAGAAACCCUUCCCACUGCUAGUGUGGCACCUUUCGCAGAAGAAGCUGCUGUACGAUCUGCGUAUACCACAUCACGAUUUUAUUACCUCGCUGUCCGCCAUCACGCACGAAGGCUCGUACGUGUGCGUGGUAGCGAAGGAACUGGCCGAACCGAGCCCUAACUUCAUCGUGGUGUACGAUCUGCAGAGUGGCACACUGUUUAAGAAGUGGAAACCGUCCUGCAACACCGUCUCGCUGGCCAUCUCCCAAACGAACACGUGCGUUAUUGCGGGAUUGGAAGACGCACGGAUACUAAUCUGGGAUCUGGUGACUGGCAACUGCCGGAGCACGCUGGUCGGUCAUAGUGCUCCAGUGACGCUGCUAAAGCUGGAUCCUACGGGCAAGAUCCUGCUCUCGACCGACAAGGAGGGUCGCGAUCUGUCCAUCCGGUUGUGGCAGCUUGACAGUGGAAAUCUGCUGGCAGUUUACACACCUGAGGAGCGCAUAACCACGUGCGAGAUUCUGAGCGGUGGUACGUUCCUGGCGUUGGCGCUCGAGAACCACAGCAAUCUCAUCACGCUAAAGAUGCGUUCUGGAACCGGUGACGCGGACGCGAAUCACUCGGCCGUGGUGUACGGUAAUGCCGAGAACGAUGGUAAGCAAUUCGAUUUGAAGCAGUAA